AUGGCUCGCUGUGCACCGCUGCAAGUAACAUCGCCCGUGCGAAUUUUGUCGCAUGUGCGAAUCACACCGCCUCUCGUAGUAACGAUUGCGCUGCUCGCUGCCUUUCUUCCGAGUCGCGGCGCCCUCGCUGCCACUGAUCCUGCUCACGUGGCCGCUCUUAAGACCUUCGCUGCGCUAGGCAACCCCAGCAGCCCCCCUUUCAACGCGUGGACUGGGGACGACCCGUGUGGGCCAGACGCGGGGAGCGCAUGGGCUGGCAUCACAUGCGACACUGGCAGCCCGUACAGUACAGUGGCUGAGAUUGACAUUCAGGACGCCAGCCUAUCAGGAGACUUGCCGCCUUCCAUUUUCGACCUCACAUCACUUCGCUUGCU